AUGGACCUCAAUCGCAAGCACAAGGUGUCCCUUAGAGGUGCAAGCAGUGGGGAGAUGUCAAGGGAUGCUUUGCUUGCUAAAGUCUCACAAGAAAGGGAGCUACGAAGUUACGCAAGACGUGCUAAUGCUGCAGUACUUUAUAUUCAGAGAGUUUGGAGGUCAUACAUUGUGAGAAAGAAGGCUGCUAUAGAGAUCCGGGGGGAGUGGGAGAGUUUACUGAGUUGUCAUUCUGAUACAGUGACCAAAAGUUGGGUGUCAAGCAGAGUAUUGAGACCAUUUCUCUUCUUUAUUAGAUCGUUGUCUGUCCAACAUCAAAAGAUACUGGCAAGAGAUAUACACUGCAUGCAAGCUUGCUUUAAGAUUCUUUUGGAAAGCAUCAACUCUAAUGAUCAGGGGUCCAAUUUUUGUUCACUAGCAGUUGAUACAUUUGAAGAGAGUAAAACAUGGGCCUGCCAAACACGAAGGCUGGUUUCUCUCUGCUCUUUCCUUCUCAUGGAGUGUAAUUAUUCACAGGAAAGAAUAAAAGAUGUUCUUGGUGUCAGUGCCCUAGUGUUACGUAUCCUUAUUGUUUUAACUGAUUCCAAAAGCUGGAAGAUCAUUACAAAGGACAACUUUGAAGAUGCAGAAACAGCUGGAAAGAUGAUUAUCCAGUUUAUAGGGAGCUGGAAAAGUGGAUAUUACACAGCAGUUAGAAAAUAUAUCAAGACAUUAACCAAACAAACAGAUGAGAGACUAUUGAUUACUACAAGUGCUGUAACUUUGGCUCUACGACCAUUCCAUGCGAGACAGCCUGCUUUUGUUGAUGACAAUCAACCGUACACGAAUUUGGCUGUUGAAGAAUAUAUUUUGAGGGACAAAAUCUUGACCAGACUAUCGGAAGUAGAGCUUUUAGAGAAGCAAAGUAGCAUGGAGAUACCUUCUGUCGGAUGGGCUAUUGGGAACAUCAUAUCCCUGGCAACAGUUAGUGAAACCGAUUUUAUGGACCCACAAGAAUCCAAUCCAGGGAUGUUUUAUGUCUUGUAUGUUCAUGUUAUUGUGACUCUCGCCGAGAAUCUCAUGUCUCAGGUUGAAAAUGUUGGAAUUCAGAAUAAUCAUCUUGAUUUUGAGGCCACAUCAGAUGCGACUGGGAAGGGAGAAAAUUCUGUUAGGAUUUCGUUUGUGGAACUGCUUCGACCAGUAUGUCAACAGUGGCAUCUCGCGAAACUGUUGGCAGCUUCUGGGAAAGAAAUUCGUGUUAUAGCAGAUAAAGAUGUGUCAACGAGUAGUAAGAAUGGAUCAGAAACACUAGCACUGUUUGAUAUUACUCGGUUCUAUUCAUGCAUGUUGAGAAUCUUCUGCGUGCUGAAUCCUGUUGUAGGGCCUUUGCCUGUCCUUAACAUGUUAUCCUUCUGCCCUGGAUACAUUGUCUCUUUGUGGAGCUCUCUAGAGGGUGUCCUAUUUCCUGAAAAUGGUUGCACCACUGACGAUUCAUCCCUUGGAUCUGUUAAAACUUCAGGGAAUACAAGAAGUCCUUCUGAGAAGAAAUUGAAACAUCUUAAGAAUGACGGUGUCAACAAGUGGGUGAAUGUGCUAAACAAAUUUUCUGGUAAAUCACCAGAACCGCGUGAACAUGUGGACUGUACUAGUGAUCAACCAGGGCCAAGCCAGGUUAACGAAUCAACUAGCGAUGAAUGGGAUGUGGAAACUCUGAGGAGUGGUCCUGUAGGUAUCUCCAAGGAUGUGUCAUGCCUGCUUCAUCUAUUUUGUGCAACCUAUGCGCAUUUACUCGUUGUUCUUGAUGACAUACAGUUUUAUGAAAAGCAGGUCCCAUUUAUGCUAGAGAAACAGCGGAGAAUUGCAUCAAUGCUUAACACACUCGGGUACAAUGGAUUGUUGCGAGGCACAAGUCCGGAGAAUAGACAACUGAUGGAUUCUGCUAUCAGAUGUUUGCAUUUACUGUAUGAAAGAGAUUGCAGACACCCUUUUUGUCCUUCUGCCUUGUGGCUCUCACCUGCUAGAACUAGUAGACCUCCAAUUGCAUUUGCUGCAAGAACUCAUGAGGUUUUACCAGCCAGUGAUGUUUUUUCGUCUCCAAGCAUGGGUUCUGUUAUAACAAUUACUCCGCAUAUCUUUCCAUUUGAGGAAAGGGUUCAUGUGUUUAGAGAGUUUAUAAGCAUGGAUAAAGCUUCCAGGAAAAUGGCUGGUGAAGUGGAUGCACCUGGUGCGAGGUCAAUCGAGAUAGUCGUUCGUCGAGGUCAUGUGGUUGAGGAUGGAUUUCAACAACUGAAUUCUAUUGGUAGCAGGCUAAAAUCCUCCAUCCAUGUCUCGUUUGUGAAUGAAUCUGGCCUUCCUGAAGCUGGCCUAGACUAUGGAGGGCUUUCAAAAGAGUUUUUGACUGACAUAACAAAAGCCGCUUUUGCUACCGAGUAUGGGUUAUUCUCCCAAACCACUACGUCGGAUAGGUUGCUUGUUCCUAGCUCAUCUGCUCGGCACCUUGAUAACGGAAUUCAGAUGAUUGAGUUUCUUGGAAGAAUUGUUGGAAAAGCUCUAUACGAGGGAAUACUUUUGGAUUACUCUUUUUCACACGUUUUCAUCCAGAAGCUUUUGGGACGCUAUAGCUUUAUUGAUGAACUAUCAGGGCUUGAUCCGGAGCUCUACAGGAACCUUAUGUAUAUCAAGUAUUAUGAUGGUGACUUGAAGGAACUCUGUCUCGAUUUCACAGUCACUGAAGAGUUUUGUGGGAAAAUGAGCAUAAUUGAGCUUAAGCCUGGUGGGAAGGAUGUUUCAGUAACGAAUGAAAACAAAAUGCAGUAUAUUCAUGCAAUGGCUGACUAUAAACUCAACCGGCAGAUUGUGCCCUUUUCAAAUGCAUUUUACAGAGGAUUGACGGACCUUAUUUCUCCUGCUUGGUUGAAACUAUUUAACGCCCAUGAAUUUAAUCAGUUACUCUCUGGAGGAAACCAUGAUAUCGAUGUUGAUGACCUUAGAAAGAAUACAAAAUACACUGGUGGUUACACUGAUAGCAGUCGAACAAUCAAAAUCUUUUGGGAGGUCAUGAAAGGGUUUGAACCGAGUGAACGUUGCAUGCUCCUCAAAUUUGUGACUAGUUGUUCUCGGGCUCCACUCCUAGGUUUCAAAUACUUGCAGCCAACCUUCAUCAUCCAUAAAGUCUCUUGUGAUACCUCUCUUUGGGCUGCUAUUGGGGGACAAGAUGUAGAAAGGCUCCCAUCUGCUUCUACGUGUUACAAUACUCUUAAGCUUCCGACGUAUAAACGAGCAAGCACUAUGAGGGAGAAACUAUUGUAUGCGAUUACUUCAAAUGCAGGAUUUGAACUCUCCUAG